GAUGUCAUAAAAAAAUAAACACAAGUUUUCCAUUUUAUGUACACUGUACAGUACAAAAUAGUAAAAUACUUUAGUUUACUUGCUGCACUAAUACUGUGGCAUAAUGCUGAAACCAAAAGCUUUAACGCAAGUUCUUAGCCAAGCUAACACGGGUGGAGUGGAAAAUACAUUAUUGCUCACUCACCAAGGAGCUUUGUUGGCGUACUCUGGAUACAAUGACAAAGACGCAAGAGUCACAGCGGCUAUUGCAAGUAAUGUGUGGUCAGCAUAUGAAAAACAUGGAAGAAAUGUAUUUAAGGAAGACAAGCUACAUUUAAUUCUAGUUGACUGUUUAAAUGGAAAAAUUGCAGUUACCCAAGUAGCGAAUUUAUUGCUGUGCCUUUAUGCUAAAGAUAAUGUUGGAUUUGGUCUAUUGAAGGAGAAAAUUAAUGCGAUAGCCCAGUAUUUAGAAGGUCCAUUGAAGCAAGUGGCCAAUUCUUAAUUAAGUGAAUAUUAUAUGUUGUAUCUAAAGUAAUUCAUAUCUUUUAAUAUAUGUUGUUCUUUUUAAAUA